GAUAGAUUUCUGCUCUUGACUGGACGUGAAACUGUCCUUCUUAUGAUGGAAUUAUCCUAGUUAAUAAAAAUCCAUAAGAAGAGCUGUACUAUUCUGUUAUAUUAUGAAAAAUACUAUUUUUUCAGUGUCAUUUCUAGCUAUAUUAGCUGUAACCACUGUUAAGUGUCGUUGGGUAAAGGCAACCCAAGCACCGUUGGGAUUAAGCUGGAGAGGAUGUACCUUGGCUGACACCAAAAAUAUAGAUCUUCUAAGCGUACGACGAUAUAGAAAAAAGGCAUCCGCGGUCAGAGAAUGAGUCUCAAAUGGAAGCGUGAAUUAGACCAAGAAGUUCCAGAUAAUGACUGGCUUCCACCGCGAAAGAUUCCGACGCAAAAUUUGCUGUGCCGUCUGCUUCAACGCGAAACGUAUCCAGCAAAGCAGAACGUGAGCAGUUCGUUAAUAUCUCGGCAACUGCACCAGAAUGCCGUACCACGACACACGAUCAUGGCUGUUGACAAGCCAUCCGUAUUCCUCAAAAAGUUUUCACCAGAUGGAAAAUACUUGUUUGCUUUUUCGUCGGACCAGAUGUGCAUACAGAUCUUCAAGUAUUUGGGUCCCCAAGGUGCAGCUUCACUUAUCUACAACCUUCCUGGAGAGUUUACAUAUGAUCCAGUUGUAAGCCAUCAGGCUUUCGAGAAAUGUUUUAAACGCGUUCACAACGUCGUGGUAAUUAAUGAUGCUUCGGAACAGCUGAACCGAGAGUGUUCGGUUUUUACGGAUGAUGGAAAGUUCCUUAUCGUUGCCUCCUCAUGCUACCCUUCAACGGAUCCGACUGAGCCACAGCUCUACCUUUCAAAUGAAUCUUUAGCCACGAACGGGCAUGCGCCGUAUGAAGACUAUGCCUUUCAUUUGGUUGACAUUGAACGAGGCAAAGUUUGCGAUCGCUUACAGUUUCGCGUCGAUCGGAUUCUGCUUACGCAUAACUACGGCAUCUAUCUGUUUGCUCGUACACUGGCCAUUCUUUCACUGCAACAUCAGACCAUCCACGUGUAUGAGGUUACAUCUGAGGGAACGUUCGCUAAGCGACACGAAAUUGGCCGGUUUUGCUUUCCCGAUGAUGGGGAAAUUGUAUCGGCUGUCGAGCCAGUACUCGAUGAGAAUGGCUCCCCAUAUCCCCCGCGGGCUGAAGCAUGCAUAGCAUCUCUUAAGCAUCGUCUCCUUGCUCUUCUGUACAAAAAGUGCGAAGGUGAUCCCCAGCAGAUCAAGGAGUUUUGUCAACUUUUCGGGGCGAUUCAACAAUUGAAGAUGGUAAAAAUGCAACUACUUGAUGAGGAUCAUCUGCUAAUAAAAUUCACCAAGGAAAAGGCUCUACUAAAUCGGUCACAAGACGCAAGUGGGCCAUCUAUGUUCGCCGUCUACCGAAUUUCCACCGCGGAAGUUCUUAAUGUCUACAAGAACACAUCUGAAGAGUUACUCGCCCUAGUGGAUAACUUCUGCGAAUAUUUCCGUAAUCUACCGCAAGGUUGCAGCCCAUCGAAUAAUGUCCAUUCGAAGUUGUUACAGCAACGGUUUAAGCAAACUAUUCUACACGCUCGUUUCGGAGGUCAGCAGGAGAUGGUGAAGCGCCUUUUAAGCCAAUUGCCCGUUUCAUGUCAGAGCUUUAACGCCAGUCCUUACCUUGAUCUCGCGCUAUUCUCCUAUGACGAUAAAUGGGUAUCAAUGUUCGAACGGCCCAAAGCUUCAGGAGAAUACCCAAUCAAAUUCUACAACAGAGAUUCCGGUUUGCUCAGGUACAAGAUGCACACUGGCUUGCAGAAUAUGUCUUCAGGACAGCGAUUGAGCGGAAAAAGAUUAGCUGCGUUUACGUUCCAUCCUUUUGACCCGUUCGUCAUAUCGGUGCAACGGGCUAACGGUGACUAUAUAGUCAACUUCCAUGUUCCGAAUGAUAAUCAUCACACACAAACGCUAUAUGACGAUAACGGCAGGUCAACGAUGAUGCUCGUCUGAAUUGGCCAUUAUUACUACAUACGUAUAACAAUAAGAAUGAUUAGGUUCGUCAAUUAACAUGUUUGAUAGUUUAUCUUACCUUUGCUUGACAAUUACUCUAAACAGAUUUUCAGUCAGUCUAUAGCUCAGUUUUGCUCUCAGUUGCAUGUAUAGCUUCGAUUUCUAGAGUACAAAUAAUUGUUAGUAUAUAUUGACGAUUCAGUCAAGAGUAUACAAGAUGUCAGAGUAACCCGCAGCUUGCCUGAUUCAUAAAAAUAUAUCAUUCAGGUAGCAAUAAGCAGCUAUCAUCUGAAUAAACAAUACAUAUUUACACACGAGCAAGGGCAACGAAAAGAGCAGAAAAUGUGAUCGGAGAAUAUCUACGAUUCUCCGAUCACAUUUUCUAAUUAAAAUUAUUCCGAGUAGUUGUGUGUGAGGACGUAUGCAUUAUGUUUUCAAAGCGUAAAGUGAAUUAGCCGUCAUUGCGUGUGAACGUACAUUGGAAAAAGGUUCAACAGCCACAACAGUAAGUAAUAUGCGCCCCAGUCUGACUGUGAAUGUGAUAGAUCUGAUGUCUGUAGCGAGUCAUUGGUUGCACGAAUAACGGUGCGCUAUACUGUACACUGAUAGGCGUCUAUUUUAUUACUACAAUAGUUAUAGAUAGUACCAUGAGGAACUGGACAAGCUACGACACAAACACGAGAAGGAAACUGGUUUUAGAUUCAAACUCUUCUGUUGGUUCGGAUUCCACGAUAAAAAUAGGUUUCUUUCAUCUUAUGUGUUAACAAUCAUAAAUAAUAACCACCAACUCAAGACCUGCGUUUCAGUGAUCGAUCAUAGGGUUGUGAUCGAGAAUUAUUUGAUACAUUUGUUGCAGCAAGCGAUCGAUGAAACUGUUCCAAAAAUAUACACACAAAAUAAAUGAAACAAGAAAGAUCGGAUUUUCAACUUCGAUCUCGAAUCUUCAAUGCAAGAAGUACUUUUCAGCUUAAAAAUGGUGGUAGAACUGAAAAAGAGGCUAGCGAAAACGACUGAAAAAAAUAUUCGUUGUGAAGUAAUUAUUGAUGGUUUUCUACGUGUAAGGAAUAUAGAGAGCUUUUCUAAUAAUUUUUCAAUUUAAAAAAUAAAUUUUCAAAAUUAUGAUACUUAACUCUCUGUUUCACGCUCCGAGUUGUUCCUAAACGAUAAAUUAUCAAAUUAUUAGCAUAUUAAUAAUUUAACGUGCUCAGCGAUCGCACGCCGAAAACUGGCAUAAGUAAAAAUAAGUUGUUUUUUUAUACAUACCUUUAGAAAUCAUAUUAUUGAACCAAAGAUUAUAAGGCAUGCAACCUUGCUCUCAGUUUCGACAAUAUCUACAGGAUGGCCGGGCUGCAGGCGAAUUUUUGCUUAUGCUGUUUCAAAGACUGAAUCUGUGCAAAAAGAGAUAUUUGAGCGACAUUUUUACUACACUCACAUAUGUUCAGCAUAACUUCCAUCACGAUUAGAGCUUUAAUGAAUGACAGGCUGCUUCAAAACGUUCGUUUCGCAGAUGUAUGAACGUCUUCUUGGUAGAUUGUACAGCUGCCAUAUGUGUUCAUUAACAAAACAUAAACAUAUUCAGCGAUUCUCUAGCCGGCUUGUAUAUAAGCCGGUGCACCAUGCUGGUAAAGGAUGUAGACCCUUUGUUCAGGCACUUCGGCUGUCCAUGAUUGUAGUACAGUUUCUUAGGUGCGCAGAAAUCAAACUUUCUUUGACGAGGCAUUUAAUUUUUAGAAGAAUUAUGGUGUUACGCCAUCUCUUCAACCGGACACCACGUUCAGAACAAGAAUAUUAGCCGGAGAAUUGGCACACUUCCUAACUCCUAAGCAAUCCAGCAAUCGCUUCGGUAGUUGAUUUUUGUAUUAAAAUAAACAUUUUCUCGUCAGGCAAGAAUCGAAGACGACUCAAUGCUUCAUACUCAGGAAUGAAGGUGAAGGUUUAUUCACUUAUUUAAUUGGCUUUAUUAGCCUCAGAGAGCAGCUUUCUGAGUUUCGUGAUAUAUGACGUGCGCCUUAAAUUUAGCUGUAAUACGGUAGCCUUGUUCACACAAUUUUUUUGUUAAUGACCUGGUAGAAACAGAAUGAUUGUCAGAAAUGCAUCGACUGACCCUCGGAGCCCGCGUUGCCUUUUUGUCCGUCGCGGAUUUUCCACUGAGCUAUGCUAGAACUUAAAUAUGCUUCUUGUGCAAUCAGAUAUAUUUGCAAGAGGUUUUUCAUCUUGGUGGAUUUUAUUUUUGUCUUGAAGAGAUUAGGUAAGAGCUGAUCUUCGCUCGAGUUUUAAAUAUUCUGCAAUUGUACCGGUUUCGGACAAACGAAUCCGUAAAACCGCAGAGUACCAAUCAAAAAAAGGCCCGAGUUUAGUCCAGCUAGUCUGUAAAACUAUUAAUCAAACUGUUUUACUUUGUAUGGCCGUAUUGCGAUAUACCUUAGAAUUUAGAGUACCGUGUAAAUCUAACCAAAUCUUCUUUGAGACGUGAUUCGAUAGAAAAUUUGCGUUUACAUACUUUUUAUUCACUACUUUUUGAACGACAUUUCCGUCCGAAUGGUAUAGUUUAGGAUAGACUAAUAAAAACAAAACAAAGUAUACAAGUAACCAUAUCUUGAGGAUAUUUACAUGAAAAAUAAAUACAAAAAUCGUAUGAAAAAAGGGACAGUUGGGUCGAUCUAUUCACCGACAACGGCAGUUGGUUUAUGUUUUAGGAUCUAAAACUAAAAAAAGAUUUUGAGUUAAUCAAGAACCCUAAAUCGUCUACAAGGUAAUCUAUUUAAAUUUAUCUAAAGCCAUACGUUUUUUCAGAAUCCAUCAGCAACUUUUGAUGCUUUGACUUGAGAGCUGUGCUUUACCAAAAAUGUAAACCUAAAUUACUAUUUACUUUCAAGAAAAACUCUUUGUUCUCAGCAUAUGGAUUACUAAAGUCGCACUCACGACGUCCCCAAUAGGUAGCACUUACAGCAUUGAGUAAGAAAUGCUCUUUACUAAAUAGAUAUCUUUUUCCACAUUCUUAAACUUUUCAAUAACAACUGAACCACAUUAAGCCUAUGAUGCAAACCUAAAUCAACAUAACAUAAAAAGCAUAACAUUUAUUCACAAAAAUAAAUUUGAAAAAUACACAUUUGUU